AUGGCCAACGCACUUACUUAUAACGAAAAAGACGGUUUUGUUGAUGGCAUUUUAAGAGGUCAUUAUUCAGGCAUUCUGAAUUCUACUCAAUACCUCAACUUUACUCAAUGUGAAACACUUGAAGAUCUUCGUCUUCAACUCGGAGCUACUGACUAUGGUACUCUUUUACAGAACGAACCUUCUCCUAUUGCUACAUCUACUAUUGCAGAGAAAUUGACUCAAAGUCUGGUUGAUGAAUUUGAGUAUAUUCGUAGUAAUGCUGUUCAACCCUUAGCCAAGUUUUUGGACUAUAUCACAUAUCAAUACAUGAUUGAUAAUGUCAUUUUGAUCAUUACGGGUACACUUCAUGAACGCGAUACACACGAACUUCUUGAACGUUGUCACCCUCUUGGUGUGUUUGAGACCAUGCCUGCUUUGUGUGUUGCUACUACUGUCUCUGAAUUAUACAACACUGUCUUGGUUGAAACACCUUUAGCUCCUUACUUUGCCAAUUGUCUAAGUGCGCAUGAUUUGGAUGAACUCAACAUUGAAGUUAUUCGUAACACGCUCUACAAAGCUUACCUUGAAGACUUUUAUCAGUUCUGUCAGUCUCUUGGAGGCCCUACUGCUGAAGUGAUGGGUGACAUUCUUCGUUUUGAAGCAGACCGUCGUACGAUCAAUAUCACGAUCAACUCCUUUGGUACUGAAUUACCCAAAGAAGACCGUAAAAAGCUUUUCCCUACCAUAGGUCGUCUUUAUCCCGAAGGAAAUGCCCGCUUAGCCAUCGCUGAUGAAGUUGAUCAAGUUAAGGCUGUUUGUGAAGUCAUUCAUGAAUAUCGUUCUUUCUUUGAUACCAACACAAACAAGACAUUGGAAGACAAGUUUUUUGAGACAGAAGUAGCUCUUAACAAACAAGCUUUUAUGCAACAAUUUCAUUAUGGUGUCUUUUUUGCUUAUGUCAAGUUGAAGGAACAAGAAAUUAGAAAUAUUGUUUGGAUUGCUGAAUGUAUUUCUCAAAACCAAAAGGACAGAAUCAAUAGCUAUAUUCCCAUUUUGUAA